AGCUGGGACAUACACAUCUGUGGGCAUGAUGAGGCUUAUUUUGAUAGCCAGCAACUCUUGAUGGACCAUGCUCCCUGUUGAAUCGAUAAUACCAACCAUGAUAAUUAAUUUGCAGUUAUUCCCAAUAAUAAAGCCCACCAAUGCCUCCGCAAGCAAACCAUGACAAAUCAGGCAGGGAUAGAUGUCCUUAUGAAGGAAGAUUACCAUUAUAGUAGGUGAUGGAGGGGAGGCUCAAAAGUGUACUGGCUGCCCUAAACUUCAAGAAUCUUACGAUGAUAUUCUCAUUGUGGGCUGUCAGUCCAAGGAAUUUUGGAGGAUUGAGCUAUACAACUUCAGACGUUGGUGAAGUUCUUGCUAUUACAGGCUUUGCUCUGUUACUCUUUCAGUUAUUUCUGUACCCGUUAGUUGAGAAAAUUCUUGGGCCCGUCAUGGUUUCUCGAAUUGGAGCUGUUUUAACCAUUCCGUUGCUGUCAAGUUACCCAUAUAUAGCAAUGUUAUCUGGCCUCUGCCUCUUCUUGGUGCUUAAUUGUGCAUCUGCAUUGAAAAAUGUAUUUUCUGUGUCCAUUACAACAGGAUUGUUCCUUCUGCAAAAUAGAGCUGUGUCUCAAGAACGGAGAGGCGCUGCAAAUGGCAUUUCUAUGUCUGCUCAGUCUCUGUUCAAAGCCAUUGGUCCAGUUGCUGGAGGUUCACUGUAA